AUGCUCGGAAAAGUAGCUCUUGAGGAGGCAUUUGCCUUACCUCGCAUGCAGGAGAAGACAAGGUGGUGGGCGUCGCUCUUCGCCGUCAACCCUGAUCAACACGCACACGAGAUGACAGAUAUUACCAACACGCGCAUUGCAUAUAUGGACAAGCAUGGCGUUGGCUACACAUUACUUUCUUACACAGCACCAGGUGUGCAAGAUAUCUGGGACAGCAAAGAAGCACAAGCAUUCGCCGUUGAGAUCAACGAUUACAUUGCCGGUGCCAUCAAGGACCACCCUGACCGAUUUGGCGCCUUGGCAACUCUCUCUAUGCAUGAUCCUGCUGAAGCAGCGGCAGAACUAAAACGAUGUGUAACCCAACUGGGUUUCAAGGGUGCACUUGUCAAUGACACACAGCGAGCUGGUGCCGAUGGAGAUGACAUGGUUUUCUACGAUGGACCAGAGUGGGAUGUUUUCUGGUCCACUGUUACCGAAUUAGAUGUUCCCUUCUAUCUGCACCCUAGAAAUCCCACGGGAACUAUUCACGACAAGCUCUGGGCCAAGCGCAAGUGGCUCAUUGGACCUCCGCUCAGCUUUGCUCAGGGUGUGAGCCUGCAUCUCCUAGGCAUGGUCACAAACGGUGUCUUUGACAGACAUCCCAAGCUCCAAGUCAUCAUUGGCCACUUGGGAGAGCAUAUUCCCUUUGAUCUGUGGAGAAUCAACCACUGGUUCGAGGACGUCAAGAAGCCACUCGGUCUGGAUUGCAAGAAGACGAUCCGAGAAUACUUUGCCCAGAACAUCUGGAUCACCACUAGCGGCCAUUUCUCAACACCCACAUUGGAGUACUGCAUCACAGAGCUUGGAGGUGCAGACCGCAUCCUGUUCUCAAUUGACUACCCGUUUGAAUCCUUUGGUGAUGCUUGUGACUGGUAUGACGGAGUUACCUUGCAGAACGCAGAUGAUGUGAGGAAGAUUGGAAAGGAUAAUGCAAAGAAGCUGUUCAAACUGGGAGCUUUCAAAGACUCGGCAUAA